AAGGCUCCAGGCCAAAGUUUGUUGCAGUCCCCAUGGCGAGCAUCGAGGAAGGCGUGGAGUCCCCACGAGACGUGGACCCAGAAUUGAAUCAGGUUCCUGAUGCUUGGCGUGAGGUCUACGCCGGGGGGAAGUUCCAGGUCUCCUCGCUCUUUCCGCCGCUCACCUGGGCGCCCCGCUACCUUCGCUCUCUGCGAGGCCAGUCCACCGAAGAGGAUGUGGACGCCAUGGGGGACCUGCCCUACUCGGCCAAGGGCGACAUCAUCGCGGGGCUCACGGUGGGCCUCAUGCUGGUCCCGCAGUGCCUGGCUUUCGCGCUGCUGGCGGGGCUGCCGAUCCGCGCCGGGCUCUACGCUUCCUUUGCGCCAUUGGUGCUCUACAGCCUUCUAGGCACGCUGCGUCAGCUCCAGGUGGGACCCACAGCGCUGAUGAGCUUACUCACGGGCCAAGCUUUGGAUGGGGUGCUCCUGGAAACUGAGAGUGCACGCAUGGCCGGCGCUGCCACGCUGGCAUUGCUGGUCGGCUUGGUUAGUCUGCUGCUGGGCGUUCUGCGCUUCGGCUUCGUGGUGGACUUUAUGUCUCACUCCGUGAUGAGCGCUUUCUGCACCGCCUCGGGCAUCAUCAUUGCCACCUCGCAGUUGAAGCACGUGCUGGGCGUGUCCAUGUAUCGGCACAAGUACUGGUGGCAGACGGCUGCUGAUCUGGUGAAGAAGACCCCGGAGACGGAUGCUGCUACGGCGGUGCUGGGCAUCGCUCUGCUGGCGAUGCUCACUUUCUUCAAGGCCUGGAAGCAAGCCGGAAGCCCAGAGAAGCGCUCCAAGCACAUCAUCUGGCGGUGCUUCCCGAAGCACAAGGAGUCCUAUGCAUUUCGUGGCCUGAAGCUUUGCGCGGAUCUGUCUUCCGUGCUGUGCGUGGUGAUCGGCUGGGUCUGGGGCUACAUCUACAGACAGGCAGGAAUCACAUCUGUCAAGAUCAUCGAGGACAGCAAGAGCGACGGCUUUUCCUUCUUGGUACCGGUGCUGGACAGCACAGCGGGGGAUCUCAUCGUGCCCGCGGUGAUCAUCGCAGUGGUGGGCUUCCUGGAGACCAUGGCCGUGGGGGGCAAGAUGGCCAGUGAGAAGCGGUACAGCUACGAUGCCAACCAAGAGCUUUUGGCGCUCGGCCUCGCCAAUGUUGGCGGCGCCUUCAUGGGUGCCUUCCCCAUCACCGGGGGCUUCUCCCGGACCGCGGUGAACUCCAUGUUCGGCGCCUCUUCGCAGCUGGCAGGUGGCUUGACCUCCCUGCUGGUGCUGGUGGCGGUGUACACCAUCAUGCCGGUGGUGGAGCUUCUGCCUUUGUCCGCUUUGGCCCCUUUGAUCAUCCACGGCGCCAUCGGAGUCACCGACUUCAAGGGCCUGAUCACCACCUUCCACGGCAACAAGCUGGACUUCCUGAUCAUGCUCUUCACCUUAGGGGUGUCGUUGGGCCUGACGGUCAAGGAAGGCCUCAUCACCGGCGUCAGCCUCUCCAUUCUGAAGCUCACCUACGAGGUGGCCUUGCCGAACCUGGCGGUGUGCGGGCAGGUGGAGGAUGGAAGCUUCCGAGAUGUUCGGUACUACCCAGAAGGCCAAUUCCCGGCCAACUGCGUGGUUGUCCGCAUGGACGCCUCCCUGAGCUUUGCCAACAGCCGUCGGUUGCAGGAGUUCUGCCUACGCGCCAUGUCGGUGGCCUCGAAGAAGGACCCCACUGUGACACACCUGAUCCUGGACUGCAAGGGGGUGAACGGCAGCGACAUGACCGGCGUGGAGGCGCUCGAGAAGCUCGCCGUCUCCCUGGAGAAGCGGAAGAAGUGCUUGGUGUUGGCCAACCUCAAGGCGCCCUUUACCCAGGCCAUGUUCGCUGCUGGCGUAAACACGCACUUGCAGAAGCACGGCGCGCAUCUCUGCUGGAAUAUGCCGCAAGCGGUGGCGCUGGCCAGCGGUGGGGAUCCCGCCGAAGCACUGCAGUCCGUGCAGGACCUGCACUCGCGCGUGAAGAGGAAGUCCUCCAACGCCUUGAAGGAGUUUCUGCCAAUGUGACCCACGUUCUACUUGGCAAAGCCUCAGGGGUCGGCGCGUGUCUCCAUGGAAGGCUUAAGGAUUGCAGUUGGAAUGC